AUGCUGUUCUGUAGGCCCCGUACUGCAGCGGCAGCUGUUGCCGCGAUGCUUUCAAGCCGAGCUAUAGCUCAAACAUAUACAUCUUGCAACCCUACGGAAUCCACCUGCGACCCGAACACUGCCCUCGGCAUGGCCAUCGACGUCGAUUUCACACAAGGCGAGGUCAACUCGUUUACCUCGUCCGGCGGCACACCGACAUACGGCGAAGACGGCGUGACUUUUACCGUUUCGAAGCACGGCGACGCUCCACAGCUCAACUCCAUAUUCUACAUCAUGUUCGGCCGAGUCGAGAUAAGCCUGAAAGCCGCCCCGGGCGCCGGUAUAGUCUCGACUCUAGUCAUGGAGUCCGACUGUCUCGACGAGAUCGACAAUGAAUGGCUGGGCUCGGAUACGACAGAAGUGCAGACCAACUACUUUGGCAAAGGCAUCACAGGCUCAUACAACCGUGGCCAGUUCAACCCGGCCGCGGGUAACCAGGACGAGUUUAUCACAUACGUCGUGGACUGGACUAGUGAAAGGAUUGUCUGGACUGUGGGCGACACGACUGUGCGGACAUUGACCUACGCCGACGCGGAAGCCGGCCAAUACCCCCAGACUCCCAUGCAGGUCAAGUUUGGUGCUUGGGCUGGUGGUGAUCCCAGCAAUGAUGCGGGCACCAUCGGCUGGGCGCGUGGUCCCACCGACUACACUCAGGGGCCAUUCAGCAUGAGCGUGAAGAACGUCAAGAUUACCGAUUACAGCACCGGCAGCAAGUACAGCUAUGGCGACACUUCAGGCACUUGGCAGUCAAUCGUAUCAGAAGGUGGAGAGAUCAACGGCAAUCUCAACGGCGCCGGUGGCUUGACUACGACAGCUGUGGCUGCUGCUUCGACUUCGACUUCGACCGGCAACGUGCCCGCCGGAGGCAUUGGCGGUACUGGCAACACGGCGACCUCGGGGCUGCCAGCCGGGUGGCAUAUGACCUCGGAAGGAAAGUUGAUGCCGCCGUCCAGUACGGCCACCGUACGUCCUUCUGCCGCCUUCGUCUUCAUCUUUACCGUCCUCGCAACCAUCGCUGGGAACAGGUGGAUCUGA